CAUAAUUAUUCAUUAUUAUUUAAUAUUUUGCGGGUGUUGCUUUUCUGUUCAAGAGUUGGCAAAUAAAACAGUGUUUUUUCGUUGAUAUUUUGUUAUUUGACUGGCUAAUGCCGUAGUUGAUCCAUCUCGCUAAAACGGAGUUUUAUUGAAUAUUGUAAUUGUAAUUUAUUAGCUUACGAUACGCUGUUAGUCACAUUUGUAUACCUUCUGUCAGGUCAAGGAAGUUAGUAGCAUUACUCGCGUAACAAACGGUAAUGUAGAUACUCAGAAUGGUCGCGUUCAAUUUAUCCACCUUUCCCGAAGUUUGUCGACUUUGUCUACAAACGAAACAUCCGGAUGAAAUGAUUUCAAUUGAAACCAAGCGACCAAUGUAUAGUGGAACGUUAAAGGAUGUGCUGGAGGAAUUUACUUUCAAAAUACCUGAGUGUGCUUCUCAUUAUUUCCCGACCGAAGUGUGUCUUAUAUGCCUGGAAGUUCUUGAUUUCUUCUAUAAGUAUAAGCAGAAGAUUACCCAUAUCCAUCUUUUCCUGAAAGCCUUCGUGGACGUAAAAUUGGGCGACAAUGAUCCUCUAGUGCAACUGUUAAAUGACAACAAAGAAUAUUACUCAAUUUUGUUCAAAGAUUUGGAUCUUUGCAAUAAGGACGAUUUGCUUGUGGAAGAUAUGCUUGAAGAAUACCAUCACUACAAGAUUGCUACCAUGCCGGAUAUCAUAAAAAAGGAACAUGACCAUGGGAAACGAGUGGAGGCUGAGGAGAUGGAUGACUUUAAUCUGCAUGUAGAAACUUUGGAAAGCUACGAAAACGCUAAGGAUGAUCAUUAUGUUAAACGAUUUUUGGAAGAAAUCGGAGAUUUUAAAAAUGUUACCAAAGAACAAAAAUUGAUAGAGAUCAAAGCGGAACCAGUACUCUUGUUACCUGCAAUAGGUUGUGAUUCGAAACUCAAUAUAGAAGAACAGCCUUAUUGUGGAUCUGAUCAAUUGGACGAUUUUUCGCAGGAUAGUGCAUUGAAAGAUGACAUUGACGAGACAGAAUAUAGUUUAAAUACGGUUAACCCUGAUGAGAACGAGUUAGAAGAAAAAUCCAAAGCUACAGAUGUUCACCUUAGACUACACGAACAAGAAGAUAAGCAUAGUAAAUUCUAUGACUCGUCCUGUUUGCCAGUUUUAAACAUUCAGCAGCAGUUCAAAGACCACCGUCCACAAGACAUUCGUAAAAAGCACGUUUGCGAUAUAUGUGGGGCUACCCUCAAACACAAAUACUCCUUAGAAGUUCACUUGGCUCGGCAUGCUGGAGUUACUCAGUUCCAAUGUCAGUACUGUUCGGCGUCAUUUCACACUAAAACGGAAACCCGAAAUCACUUGCGAUCGAUUCACACUACCGGAAGUAGUUGCGAAUGUUCCAAGUGUGGAGCUGUGUUCAAAAAUAAAAAACUACUGAAUCAACAUCUAGAAUCUCACGUUGAGAAGCGGAAUUUCAAAUGCGAAACGUGCGAAUUUGCGUUCAAAACUAUGCAGCAUUUGAAGCGGCAUAUAACAACCGUUCAUCGGGAGGUGCGGUUCAGUUGUAACCAUUGUGCGAUGUCGUACGGUAGGAAGGACAAAUUGAGGAUGCAUAUCGAACGAACACACAGCAUCCAAUCCUACUUCAACUGCGAUAUCUGCUUACGAUCUUUUGACGGCAAAUCUGCCCUAGAUGAACACAUGGGACAUCACGCCAGUCCGAAACCGCUCGAGUGUGGCGUUUGUCUAAUGGCGUUCGAAGAUAAAGUUUCGUUUGAUGAACAUAUGUGCAUCAGUUAUCGGGAUGAUUACAAAUGCUGCGGAAAAGAUUUUAAAUACCACGUACACUACAAUCGCCACAUGCUGAUGGAGCAUGGGAUCAAAUCGAAUGCUCGGGUUAAGCCAAAACGUGGACUGUUGAUUGGUCAGCUGCGAGCUGAUCGUAGACAACGUACAGUUCAGUGUAGGAAAUGUUCGCAAAGCUUUUCAUCCGUUACCGAGCGUAAAGGGCAUGAUUGUAUCGGCACAAGACUGAACAUUUAUUCGGGUAAUGUUCUGACAGGGCCCGAAGAAUGUGUGGAUAGCAAUGAACCAAUGCAAAUGUGUGAAAUGGGUGAGGAGGAGCAUCUGGAGGAAGUUUAUGAUAAUGUAGAAAUUAAUAAUGAAACCGAGUAUAUCAUAAGUGAGGUGAUGGAGGAAGAAGCGAGUAUAGAGUGUUGAGCAUAUAGUGGUAGCAAACUGUUUUUUAGAAAAGUUA